AUGUCCGGUGAUAAUAUACUUCUCGACAAACCGACUGUGAACGCAAGUAUUGCUGAAGAAGCUAACGUUCAAAACCCGCCAGAAACUAACGGAAUCGAUCAGACAGCCUUCAAAACAAAGGUUAGUAUCCACAAUUCUUUUUUUUUUAGAAAAUCUAGAUUAGUUAAACAUAGUGAACACGAUUCUCAUAUAAUAGUAUAUUUUAAAAUAUACAUUAUAAAUUCCUACCUAGUAUAUUGUUGGUUUUUUUUUUUUUCACAGACACUAGUAGAAGAGAUUGAAGAUUUAAAAAAACUUGGAAACGCAGAAUUUUCAAAAAGAAAUUAUGAUAUGGCCAUAACAUAUUAUACACAAGCUAUAUUAAUGUGCCCAGAAGCAGAGCAAGCAGCUUUGUCCGUUUUGUUUCAAAAUCGAGCUGCCGCUCAUAGUAAAUUGGUAGGUAAAUAAAAAUAAUUACUUUAAUCAAUUUUGUUAUACCAAAACUAGGUGUUUUUUUUUUCAAAUAUUAGAUGUAACAAUGGUAUUAUUUGCUUAUAUUAUAUUUUCAGAAUAAUAAUGAAAAUUGCUUAGCUGAUUGUAACAAUGCCCUGGCAUUAGUACCACAUUACAAAAAAGCGUUAUCUCAAAGAGCAAGAGUACUUUCAGAAUUAGGCAACUUUAAACUCGCUUUAGAAGAUAUUACAGCUGUGGCUAUUUUUGAUAAGUUUGAAAAUCAAGAUGAUAUAAUAUUUUCGAAUAAUCUGCUCAAAAGUUUAGGUGAGGUUAUUUAUUCUUUUCACUAAUACAGAAUUAAAAAAUGUUUUUAUAAUAAAGACUAGUUCUAAAAAAAAAUGUCAUGAUAACUAUUAAUUUCUUCAAAUAUUUGAAAUUUUAAUUAUACCAUUAUACCAUAAGUUAAAAUUAAUUUUCAGGCGAGCAAAAUAUGGAAGAAUACACAAAGCACAAUGCUUUCAAUUUACCAUCAAAAUCAUUGAUUAAUCAAUUUUUGAAAUCAUUCUGUGACGAUCCAUUUUCUGAUGAAUUUGCACUGACAUUAUUAAAAUCAGACAUAAAGUAAGUAGUGUUUAAUAUUAAUCAUAAUAUGCUUUUAUCAUCAUUAAAAAAUCAAUAAAUAGUUAUUAUAACAUAUGAUAAAUAUAUAAUACAAUGUAAGUAUUAAUUAAUUUAGUACAGGUUUGGAGUAUGCAUUAAAAUGUAUUCAGAAUCAAAAGUUUGAAGAAAUCGAAAAAGCGUGUCAAAAUGAAUUAAAUAAAACUGAUAAUAGUUUAAUUCGUAAAAGUUUUGCAUUAAACUUAUUAGCUACUUUUUAUUUACUCCGCGGAAAUUAUGCUGCUGGUAUUGAACAUCUUACUACUGUCAUCGAAAAUCCAAAAGUUCCAAAGGAGGUAUAAUAAUAAAGUGUAUAUUGGUAUUAGUAAUUAAGAUAAUUAAAAAACAUAGUAUUAUCUAUACAAAUUAUGGGUGGGUAAUUUCAACACAAAAGACAUAACAACUAUGGUAGAUAACAUGUCACUUAAAGUGUAAAAUUGAUAAAAUACUUAUACUGACUUAUUCAGAUGUUUGAUACCUUAUUUUAACAUUAGAAUCCAUGAUAAAUAUAGUUAUAUGUAUUACUUAGUUUUCUUAUUCUAUUCAGUUACUUCAAUUGGUCAGACUGAGCAAAUUGUCUGAGAAAAAAAAUAAAAUUAAAAGUGGUACUUCAAAAAAAAUAGUUUAAAAUCUACAUAACUAGUUAAGUAUGAUGUUUGUGAAUGAGUAUGUAGGUACAUAUAUAUUUUUAUUGUUUUUCGCCUAUUCUUGUUUUUUUUACUAGUUUGUUUUCUUAAAUAGCAAUUAGUACAUUAUUUAUAAUUUUUAAUUUUUUUUUUUUUAAUAUAGACGGGAAAAACUAAUACAAUUUUUUAUUAGGAAAUUUUCAACAUAUUUAAAUUUCCAAUUAAUUUAAAAGUUUGAUUACACAUGGUUAAAUAUUGUUAACUUUAUUUUAUUUUUUUGAAAAUUUAAUUGAUUAAGUUAAAUUGUUGAUAGUUGAAAAUAAAUACCUUAAUAAAACGAGCAUUCGGAUAUCACCUACAAGAAGAAGUUGACAAAUGUUUUCAGGAUUUCAACCGUGCUGAAGCUAUUGAUCCCAACAGUCCUGCAAUAUAUCACCACAGAGCUCAAGUAUUACAUAUAGCAUUAGUAAACAUUUUCAGAAAAUCAUACUAUGGUAACAAAAAUCAUUAAUUUUUUUUAGAUUUAUUUAGAAGGAAUGAACACCAAUGAAGCAGUUAAAGAUCUCAAGAAAUCUUUGGAAUUAAAUCCUAAUUUUGCUUUGUCUAUUAUUUAUUAUAAUUUUGCUCAAUACUGUCAUGCCAAAAAAGUAUCAAAUAAAUUAUAUGUUGAACAUUUCUUGGUAGAAUUGGGAGAUUUUGUGGUGAAUUAUCCAGAUAUUUCUGAAAGUUUUGCACUUUACACCCAGGUAGAAAAAUAUAUUAUAAAAUGGUGUAGUUUUUAAAAUUAAAAAUGUAUUAAUUUAUGUUUAUAUAUAGGUUUUGUUGGAAACUGGAGCUUAUGAAGAAGCAGAUUUAGUGCUUAAAAAAGCAUUUGAAGUUCAUCCAGACAAAGCCGAUUUCCUAGUAAAUAGAGGUAAUCUUGUGUUCUUUGAGUGUAAAACUCUCAGUUUUAGGAUAUAUAGCAUAGCACUACCUAUAAAACAUGGACAUAACAGGAAAUUUUAAAUUUGCUGUGGAUAUUAAUGGAAACUCGGAAAAAUAUGAAAAAAAAAACUGAUAUUUAGUCUAAAAUUUUUUUCCACACAGUAUCUACCAAAUAAAAAUUACAUAUAUAAUUCAUAAAAUUUAAAUAUCUAUAAAUGGCUCAAAAUUCAAAAUGUUUUAUCACUGAUGGAAAAAACAAACAUAAGUUUAAUCAAAAAACAACUUCUGUUUUUACCAAUUAGUUUCAUAGAUUCAAAAUACCACAAAAAAUAAUUGUAAUGCUGUAUUAGUUGUCAUUAUUUGUCUUUUCGGGUUUUCCCAAUUAUUUUGAAAAUCUCUAGGAAAAUCAAAAUUUGACCUUUCUAAUGAAACCAACUAGAUAAAAUUUCCUUUUAGAAACACUUGAUACAUUGAAGCAAGGUUUCUUUUUGAAAAGUGGUUUACAGACCGAAAAAAACACAUAAUAAAAUUAUUAGAUUCCUUGCUUAACUUCAAAUCUAAAAUGCUGAAAAAAAUGUUAAUAGUACCAAUCAUGAUUGAAGAUAUUGUAUAAUUUUAUUAAUUUAAAAAAAAAACCAUAGACAUUUAUGACUAGAGUAAAGUUACAGGGAUAGAUCUAGUAGAGUAAAUAUGUCAAUGCCAAAUAAUCAAUUUUUUUUUAAACUACUCAAACUAGUAAGUUUUUAAGUUUUUACUAAAUAAUUAUUAAAGUAGUUUGACUAAUUAUCAUGUUGUUUACUUUCAUGUACUUGUAUUGUUCAAUUGUUUUGCUAGUAAUAUUUAACUUAAACAAACUUCUAUUUACUACUAAAACAAGUAUCGACAACUAUAGAUUAGUCAGGAAAAAACCUAAAAAAAUUGUUUUUUAAUAUGGAUAUAAUAUUAUUUAUGUAUUACUUUAUAGUAAAUAUACUGGAAAAUUGAGGGAUUUUGAAAAUUUAACAUCUGUAACAACCCUGAUUGCACAUUUCUAUAUGAAAUCAACUAGCUUACUAUAAAUAAAUUGUUUUUUUUUUCAGCAUUGAUCGCAGCAACAUGGAAAACUAAUGGUAAACUUGAUGCAUUUAAACUCCUUGAACAAGCAUUAAACAUUGAUCCGAAAUGUAAUAUUGCUUAUGAAACACUUGGAGAACUUUUCAUGCAAGUGUAAGAUAUUAAAAACAAAUCUAUACAAUAUUUUUAAAUGAUUAUUUUAUUUUAAUACCAUUCUCUUAAGAUAUUUUUGAAUUUUGAAUUGAAAAUAUUUUAAUAAUGAUAUUACAAUUAAAACAAAACAUUGUAACUAAAUUAUUUGAUUUAUUUUUAUUAACCAGAUUUUGACAAGACUGGAAAAAAAAAAAGAGUAAAUGUAUUAAUUUCUUCCACAAUGCCUUUUUUUUUUUUUUUUUGCUUAACAAGGCUGGGUUGAUAAAGCAAUUUAAUAUUAAUUAAAUAGUUUUUAAUUAAUAUGUAUGAAUAACUAUGUAUAAGAUUAUUUUUAUUAGCUUCAUUAAAUUAUUUUUAUAUAUUAUUUGUACUUGUGUAUUUCAGUGGACAACAAAAGGAUGCUAUUGAUUGUUUGGAAAAAGCUAUACCUCUGCCUAAACCAAGAAAACAACUGUUAAACACAUUUUCGUUAAGGAAUUCAGCACAGACCCAAUUAGCAAUAGUUGAACGUUUUGGAAUAAAGACGCCUAAAUUUUAUUCGUUUUCAGAAAAACAAUGAAAAAAAUAAAGAAAACAUUUAUCUCUAUAGUGGACAAGAUUAUACUAGUUUUAUCAUUUUUUAACUUGCUA